CAUCUUGAAAUGACCUACCGCAGCGUUCUCUAAGUUGAACAUCAAGCUUGAAUAAACAGUUUACGUAUGCAAGGUCACGGAUAUUAGCCCAGUGAUUAGGCAUUCAUUUUCACUUCUCUAUCGCCGAUACGGAAAAUUUGCGGAAUUAAGAAGGCUGAAGGUUGUUGGAAUUAAUCCUUGUGUACUGCUAUUAGAAGAAACAAUUUGUAGACUGGACGUACCAACGACAGAUCAAGAAUAAUGGACGGGAGUUCUUUGAAUUUAAUAGACGAUUUAGAUCAUAUUAACCUCGGGGAAUACGAGGCAACGGAUUUUGGUAUGAGAGUUUUGGAUUCAAAGAGUAACAGCAGUGUAGCACAUUUUGGAAGAGCCUCGGUAUCCGCUGGAAUAAAACGAAGUAUUUCUAACGCUGUGGAAAGAAAUAAGAACACAUCUUCCAUGGACAUAUUUGAGGCCUGUCGUGAGGGAGAUGUCGCUAGUCUGAACUUUUUAUUAGAGAACAACGCGACAGAUGUGGACAAACUGAGCGAUUGCGGGCUGGCACCACUUCAUUACGCUGCACGUAACAAUCACGGAGAAGUUAUACAGCUGCUUAUCGACCAUGGUGCAGACCCUAAUGUGACAGCCACCACUGAAAACAAAUCGCUCUCACCAUUGCACUUUGCGAGCUGGUAUGACACAGAUGAAGCAGUAAAUACUCUCAUUGAUAACAAAUCCAAUGUGGAGUGCAGCGCUGUAUUUGGACAAAAGCCUCUUCACUUUGCUGUCACACGUGCUAGUCUAGAACUUGUUAAGACAUUGUUAACCAAAGGAAAAGCAAAUCCAAACUCAUAUGAUAACCAACAUUUUACAGCACUGCAUCUGGCUGCGCAAAGAGGACGACUGGACAUCAUCAAAAUGCUCCUAACAUACGGAGCUAAUCUUCGAGGCCAGAAUGACGAAGGUGAUACGGCGGUACACAUUGCAGCGAGAGAGGGACGAGAUGAGGCCUUGAAGCAUCUUCUACAAAGAGCGUCAUUGGACGGUAUAUCGUGCAAGGAUCUCUUAAACAGUGAGAAUUGUGAGUCAAAGAGCUGUUUACAUUUAGCAGUGGAUGGUGGACAUGUGAAGGCAGCCAUCGUUUGCAUCGAAUAUGGCGCAGAUCCCCAUCCUGUGGCUAAAAGAAACCUUCCACUCCAUGUGGCGAGCUCUACUGGUAAUUUACCUAUGGUAAAAUUUUUACUAUCGCAAGAUUCAAUUCACGUUGACGAGGAGGACUGUGAAGGAAUGACACCAAUACUCAGGGCCUCUUUGUCCGGCCACGUAGAAAUAAUUGAACAUCUCAUCAAUAAGGGAGCAGCCAUCUGCCCGUUACCAGACUCCACGGCACCAUCGCCGUUGAUGUGUGCCGUCAAAAGAGGACAUCACAAAGCCGCCGUGUUCCUGAUCAAACGCGGCUCGCCGAUAGAUCUGAGAGACGCCCACCAAAGAACCUGCCUUCAUGUCGCUGCUUACAGUGCCAAUGUAGAAACUGUUGACAUCAUCCUUGAGAACGGCGGUAUGUGUUUGAUAGACAGCUUGGACAGAGACAAUAGGACACCAUUACACUACGCUGCUGCUAAAGGAAGCCUUGAGAUUCUUCAGAAGUUACUUAGUGCAGGGGCAAAGAUAGAUAUAAAAGAUGACGAAGAAAAGAUUCCAUUACACAUGGCUACCGAGAGCGGCAGCCUGGCUUGCGUGAAAGUGUUAUUACAAGCCGAUCCAAAGACUCUUAGUAGCACGGAAUACCGCCUCAGAGCUCCAUUACAUUAUGCAGCGUACGAGGGUCACUUUGAACUGGCAAAGUUCUUGCUCGAUAAGGGAGCUAACCCGGAUCAGAGGGACGAAAAUCAUCUGACUCCGCUCUUGAUAGCGACAAGAUUAAAUCAUUACAAUAUAGUAGUUCUCCUCUUGGAUUACGGCGCAAAACUUAGUGCACAUUCCAAAAAUCGGACAACACCCAUUGACCUGGCAGCAUAUUUUGGCAAUGCCCGCAUAGUUCGAUUGUUGCUGAACCGUGGAGCUGACGUAAAGAAUAAGUCCUCGUUUGGCAAAGGAUGUUUGGACUCUGCUAUUAAAGGAAACCGGCCAGAAACCUGCAUGGAAAUAGUCAAGCACAAACGCUGGAAAGAAUGUCUUGAAGUCAAGGACGACGAAGGAUUUUGUAUGAUGAAACAUCUCAUCGAAAAAUUUCCCGAAGUAGCCAAGCUGGUAAUGGACAAAUGCAUCGAGACUUCUGAUCACAUGAAAACAGAUGUGGAAUAUUCGAAAUCAUUCAAUUUUGUUUUUCUUGAUCCUAUUCCUGGAGAACAAACUAAUACAGAAGGAGAGCGGUACUUUGGUCCUAAGCUCAUGUUAAAACAUGGUCACCGUGAUCUCAUUCUUCAUCCUUUGACUCGAGAACUCAUGAAAGCGAAAAGGUUGUCUUGGAGAUUGAAGUACUUUUACUUGGCAGCCUUCAUAUACACAUCAUUCACUUUGAUCCUGACGUUCCUUCUGCUGUGUCUCAAUUCACAGUCCAUUGACAGGCAACACAACUCCACUUCUGAAUUCUCUAGGGAAUUCUGUCCCAGUUAUGGUUUUCCAGUCUCGAGAAUGGUGACGUCAGUAAUUUCAGGCGUCUCGUUGCUGAGUCAUAUUUACAGAAUAUAUGUCGAGAAAUGGAGUUAUUGGAUGGAUAUUUCUAAUAUAUUAGAGUUACUAAGCUUUUCUGCCGCCAUUAUCACGGUUGGCAGUAGAAAAAUUUGGCACAAUGAACGGUUUGAAUUUUCGUUUGGAAUCCUUGCUGUUCUUCUGGCAUAUAUCACAAUGAUGUCAUAUUUACAAAGUUCGUUUAAAGCUGGUAUCUACGUCACAAUGAUGUUCGAAGUGCUAAGGACUCUUCUGAUGGUCUGUGCUGUGUUCUCUAUUCUCCUAUUUGGAUUUGCCUUGGUCUUCCAUGUGCUGCUAUCAAAGGAAGCAAACGCCUCAAGAAAUGGUAUUAACCUUUCCUCGAAUGGCGAGGAUCCCUUUGGUCGUUUAGAUCUGGCGAUGUUGAAGGUGUUGGAUAUGAUGGUUGGGGAGCUGGAAUACAGUAACUUUUUUGUUGACAAUACGCUGUAUCUUCCCGAUCUGACGAGAUUUAUUUUUGCCGCAUUUUGUUGUUUGGUGCCAAUAGUUUUCAUGAACCUGUUGAUUGGCUUGGCUGUCGGUGACAUUGAAUCCAUCCAGAAAAAUGCUGAAUUGAAACUUUUGGCCAUUCAGAUUGAGGACGUUUUUACAUUUGAACGACGCCUUCCAAAAUGUCUUCUUCGCCGCUUUCACAAGUCGAGCAUCACAAAAUAUCCAAACAAAAAGAGACAUUUCUGGAGUACAAGCCUAAUGGUAAACUACUAGCCAGUCCUAGU